GAAAAAAAAAGGCUCCAAUCGCGUCCAGUGGAUUGUUAGUUUUUGUCUAAACAUGGCCUCAGGUCAGUAGUGGUCGUGGUGCGUGAUCUGCGUGUCAAAACUGGAAGCUUUCCUAAGUAUGUGGAUAACAGGAAAGACAGAUCAGACUUCCCAGCGAGACGCAAUAUUCAACGACCUCUACACAGAAUGUAGGCACGCCCCACCAGGUGCCCGUCUCUCGUACCUUGUUCGCAAUAAGAUCGAGCGGCUGACGCGAGAGGAACGCAAAGACAUCGUAUCGCGUCUUCGAGAAGGAUGCGCACCUUUGUUCGUCGCGUGCAAGAAGGGGAACUCGGACAUUGUAGAGUACCUGAUCACCAUGUGUGGCGCCGACCUGGAACAACGAGGCGUCUACGAGGUAACCGAUGACCGUUCGAUCCACUUUGUCACCCCGCUGUGGUGUGCGGCAGUGGCAGGCAAGCUGGCUGUCGUCAAACAGCUGAUCGACUAUGGCGCCAACGUGAACAGUGUGUCGGACACGGGCUCGACGCCAGUGCGCUCCGCAUGCUUCAUGUCGCACCGCGAAGUGGUCAUGUACCUCGUCAACCACGGUGCGGACAUCUUGAAACCAAACUACAACGGGGGCACCUGUCUCAUCAAUUCUGUGCAGAGCGUGGGCCUGUGCCGUUUCCUGCUGCGCCGUGGCGCGGACGUCAACGCUCAGGACGUGCAGCUGAAGACAGCGCUGCACUACGCCAUCCAGGAGCAUCGGUUCGACACUACGCGACUUCUGUUGGAGCACCACGCCAACCCGUUCCUGCGAAGUCGCUACGGCGAUGACGCGCUCCAGACGGCCUGCCUUAAGGGGGCCGCUCAGAUCUACGAGUAUCUGGUCAGCAAUGUCGAGUACAGCGCCGCGCGGCGUGCCGAGGCCGACGAGCUGUUGGGCACCACGUUUCUGGACGAGCACCACGACGUUCAGUCUGCGCUCUUCUACUGGCGACGAGCGCAGGCGCUGCGUGCGAGAGAGAGCGUGCCCAAGCCCCUGGGCGCGCUGCUGCCGCGGCGGCCGGCCUUCCAGAUGGCUGUGGAGUAUGCGAACGCCGAGCAGCUGGACGCGCUAGCGCACGACCUGGACGCGCUGCGCAUUCAGUCGCUGCUCAUGUGUGAGCGCAUCCUGGGCGCGCAGCACAAGGACACCGUGUUCCGGAUCAUGUACCGCGGCGCCGCGUACGCCGACAGCAUGCAGUACCAGCGCUGCAUCGAUCUGUGGCAGUACGCGCUCGAGCUGCGCGUCGUCAAGGACACGCUGCUGCACACCGAGGCGGGCCAGGCGGCCGCGGCCCUGGUGCGUCUCUACCUUGACAUGCUGGACAAGGGCCGUGCGGGGCUGCUGCGCGACCGUCUGCGGCUCGAGGACGUGCUGGCCACGGCGCGCCUGCUGGUCGACCGGUGCGGUGAAUCCGCGCGGCUGCUCGCUGAGCGGCCCGUCUACCGGCGGCACCUGGACAACUUCGACAAGCUCUUGCGCGUGCUCACGCACCUGCUGCACGUGCUCAACGCGCUGCCCAAGCGCGACGCCGUGGAAGAGGCGGCCGUGCGGCGCCUCGUGUGCUGUGCCCUGGCGCAGCAGCCGCGCACCGCGUCCGGCGACUCCCUGCUGCACCUUGUGGUGAGUCGUGCAAACACCAUGAAGCCGACGGCAUUCUUCGAGGAGGCGCACCCGCACGUCUUUCCCGACGCAUCGCUGACCGCUCUGCUGCUCGACUGCGGCGCCGACGUGGAGGCGGUCAACGAGGCCCGCAGCACAGCACUACACGUGGCCGCGCUGCGCAACAACUUCGUGCCCGACGUGGUGCAGACGCUGCUGCGCUAUGGCGCCCACCUGGACCGGCGCAACGCCAACGGCAACCAGCCGCACCGCAUGCUGGCCGGCAUCAGCGAGUGCGUGCUCAACCCUCUCCAGCACAUCAGCCUUCAGUGCCUUGCUGCUCGCAAGAUCGUCGAGCGCCGGAUCCACUUUGCCGGCGAGGUGCCGGGUGCACUUGAGAACUUCAUCCGCAUCCACUGAUGCCAGAUGAGCGAAGUUUGCUUGCCUCCACAUCUAUGCAAGAUGCAAUAACAGCAUAUGCAAGUACACCUUUUUUUUAACCAACCCGCAGGAAAGGUAUAAUCUUUUCUCCCAUCCUAGGGACCAUGUGCUGGCACAGUGUUCUAAUGCAUCGAGGCUGUGGAUCUGAAAUGAUUGCCUUGCUUAAACAGCUCCAUUCUGGUGAUAGACAUGGUAAAACAUGCAUAGUUUUUGUGUAUGCCUAAACCAAGUGCCAAAGUGAUGAAAGGGGUGACUUGGCUGCAUAUGUGACCUUCUGAUCCAUGCCCGAGUAUGAAAUGCUGCAUUCUGCUGCCACCAUCUCGUUAGCCAUGGCAUCUCGGCUGACCUGGACUUGCUCUGCAAAACUGGCUGUGGGGGGUGAGAUCAUUUUGCAAGCUGUCAGUUCGAGAUUCUGCAGUGCUGCUGUUCUGGACUUGUGAACCUGUCCAGGAAAGUGGCCUUUUUAUGGGUGAACCUUUCAAUAAAGCAUCAUUGCUGAAUGA